UCAUUAAUCGUUUACUUACUACAAUAGUACAAUAUGGAAUACGCUUAGUGAUAGAACUGAAUGAUAAAAACUUAGACCCCUAUUAUAAACACACUCCAUGUCCCCCUAACAAGUCACCCAAAGUUUAUUUUCAAGAAAAAAAAAAAAAAAAAAAAAACAAAUAUGGUGUCAUCCGAACAGCAGAACUCCAUUUACGGCAUCAAAAUCUCCACGGUCUCAGCCGGAUAUGUAUCCGGUCACAACACAAUUCAGGAGCUAACUGCAAUGGACCUAGCCAUGAAGCUUCACUAUCUCCGGUUUGUCUACUACUUCAAGGCACCAACAUUUGAUGGUUUUACCAUCUUGAAGAUUAAAGAAACUAUGUUCAAUUGGCUAAACCAUGCCUACAUCCCUUGUGGUCGGCUUAGGAGGGCGGAUUCUGGUCGGUCAUGUAUCAAAUGCAAUGAUGGUGGGGUGCGCAUCAUCGAGGCUAAGUGUCGUCUCAGCCUCGAUGAAUGGCUUGAAUCUGGAAAUGAUUCAAGGCACAAGCUUCUUGUUCCUAACCAAGUUCUUGGCCCUGAUUUGGCCUUCUCACCUUUGGUUUUGAUACAGUUAACAGAUUUUAAAUGUGGUGGCAAAUCCGUUGGUAUGAGUUGGGCCCAUGUCCUUGGAGACGCUUUUUCGGCUGUGGGCUUCAUCAACUUAUGGGCCCAAGUCAUUGCAGGCCAUUACCCGGCCCAACCACUCACUAAACCCCAACAACAAAACCACACCUUUGAUUUCCAAAACCCAAGCCCAGAUCCACUCUCCACAAAACGGGUUGGCCCGGUUGGAGACCUUUGGUCUACUUCAAAUAACUCCAAGAUGGAACCAUUUUCAUUUUAUCUCUCACCAUCCGAGUUGACUCGGUUACAAGCACAAAUCAGUGGAGAGAAAGCUGAUGAACAAAUUCCGGUGUUUGAAUGUAUUUGUGUUGUAAUUUGGCAAUGUUUGGCGAAAGUUAAAGAUGGGCCGGGACCAAAAGUCGUGACCAUAUGUCGAAAUGACUUGAAAACCAGAGAUAACGGAAUCAUCACGAAUGAAAGACAAACCAUUGGUUUGGUCAAAACAGAUAUAUCUGUAGGUAAACAGACACCAACGGAACUCGGGUCCCUACUUAUGAACAAAGUAGACGAUGAACGACUGAAGAUUGAAGAAUCGAUGGCGAGAGAUGACGCGCUUCCAGAUUUUCUCAUUUACGGAGCGAAUUUGACUUUUGUUGAUUUGAGUGACGCCCCGUUUUAUAAUAUGGAGGCGAGGGGACAAAAGCCAGUUUAUGUCAACUGUUUUAUCGAUAACAUUGCAGAUGAAGGAGUCGUUUUGGUUCUUCCAACACCAAAUGGUUGUUCCGAAGGAAGGAUAGUAAGUCUGACAUUACCGGAGAAUCAAGUGGCUAAGCUUAAAUCGGUGCUUAAAGAAGAUUGGUGUAUCGCGUAGGCACGGUUAUGAUUGGAUGCAUUUGCUUUAAUUGUCUUGUUUUGUGAUAAUAAAUCUUGCUUAGGAUAACGUAUUAUGGUUGCUUGUUUACUAAAUUAUUGAUUUAUGUUAUUGGUUUGUAUGUUUUUUAAACGAAAAUGGUCGUUAUCGCC